AUGGCGCGAUUGACCACUGGUGCUUCCGCUGCUCCUUUUGAUCCUACUCGUGUCACUCAACUCUCAUGGCGUCCCAGGGCUUUCAUAUACAGAGGAUUUUUGACAGAUGAGGAGUGUGAUCAUCUCAUAACGUUGGCUAAGGACAAGCUAGAGAAGUCCAUGGUGGCUGACAAUGAAUCUGGUAACAGUGUAGAGAGUGAAGUCCGGACGAGCUCUGGUAUGUUUCUAAAGAAGGCCCAGGAUGAUGUAGUUGCUGGCAUUGAGGUCAGGAUUGCCGCUUGGACUUUCCUUCCUGAAGAGAACGGUGAAUCUAUACAAAUACUACACUAUGAUCAUGGUCAGAAGUACGAGCCACAUUUUGAUUACUUUAACGACAAGAUCAAUCAAGAACGGGGUGGUAACCGAGUGGCUACUGUACUUAUGUAUUUGUCUAACAUCGAGAAGGGUGGAGAAACAAUUUUUCCCAGUUCAGAGGCAAAAGGAGCUCAACCAAAGGGUGAUGACUGGUCUGAUUGUGCUAAAAAUGGCUAUGCAGUGAAACCCAAGAAGAGCGAUGCUUUGCUGUUCUUUAGCCUUAAUCCUGAUGCAACUACCGAUCCAUUGAGGGUGAAAAGUGGUCUGCAACGAAGUGGAUUCAUACCUCCUUGUUGUGAUAAAGCUAACGUGAAAAGAGGCCCUUGGACUGCAGAAGAAGAUGCAAAGAUACUGGCAUACGUAGCUAGCCAUGGAAUUGGCAACUGGACCUUGGUCCCCCAGAAAGCAGGGCUUAAUAGAUGUGGGAAGAGCUGUAGGCUAAGAUGGACUAAUUAUCUGAGGCCUGACCUCAAGCAUGACUACUUCACACCCCGGGAAGAAGAACUCAUUCUCGAGCUUCAUAAAGCUAUUGGCAGCAGGUGGUCUUUAAUAGCAAAGCAGCUACCUGGAAGAACAGACAAUGAUGUCAAGAACUACUGGAACACUAAGCUAAGGAAGAAGCUCUCCAAAAUGGGAAUUGAUCCUGUAACCCAUAAGCCCUUCUCUCAGAUCCUUACUGAUUAUGGAAACAUCAGCGGCCUCCCAAACACCCGAAACUCUAUUGGAUCACUUAGCUAUUCACCAACCAACAGGUCGGUGCCAAAAGCCGAACCAUAUUUAGUUCCAACAGAACUCUUGGACACCCAAAUGAUCAAUAGUCCAAUAAUAGAGCAAUUUCAAGCUACACCUGUUACCAACAACUCGUCCUGGGGCAAUGUGGCUCCUUUUCCAGUAAUCAACCAAGAAACUGUCUUCCCACAUUUCUUCAAUGAAGUCCCCUCUUCUGCUUCUUCAUCAUCUUCAUGUGGUAUCACACAAUUGAGCUCACCUCAAUCCUUUUCCUGCCAGACUUAUCGGGUUCAAAUGGUACCACCUUCUCCCCCUAGCUGGACUGAAUUCAUUCUCGGAGAGCCUUCUGAAUCUACUGAUAUAGAGCAGCAAAAAGAGCAUGAAUUCCAGGGGAUGUUAUCAUCAAAGAACGAUGAAGUUACGAUGCAAAACGAGACAUUUCCAUAUAAUUUUGGCAAUGGAAAUGGAAAUAACUCCAAUGGAAUCACACAUGGGAAAGAUGGUUAUGAUGAAAGAAAUAACGGAAGUCACAGAAGAAAUUGUUCCGAGGCGACUCCAUCUGCUGUGGACUCUUUUGUGGACGGCAUCUUGGACCUAGACAGCAAGAUGCAGUUGGAAUUUCCUCUUCUAUUGGACGGAUAUUCCGAUUCUUGA